AUGACUGCCCCAAAUCAAGAACAUGUGGCAAUUGUCAAUCCUCCCCCUCCAAAACACAUCAAUACCCAAGGAACUGGUUGUUUGACCAAUCAGCUUCAAUACUUGCAGAGGGUAGUUAUGAAAGCCAUGUGGAGACAUAACUUUUCCUGGCCAUUUCAUCACCCAGUGGAUGCUGAGGGUCUAAAACUUCCAGAUUAUUAUAAUAUUAUUACAAAACCAAUGGAUUUGACUACAAUUCAGAAGCGUCUGGAACACAACUAUUACACUUGUGCUGCUGAGUGUAUCGAAAACUUUAAAACGAUGUUUUCAAAUUGUUACCUGUAUAACAAGCCUGGUGAUGACAUUGUUUUCAUGGCACAAGCACUAGAAAAAGUAUUUUUGCAAAAAAUUGCACAGAUGCCCCCAGAAGAGAAAGUUGUGGUGGACAGUAAAGGAAAAAGAAAGGGGGAAAAGACAGAUGGUAAUGACCUCCCUAACAAUGGAAUCUCACAAGCUAAACCAAAACAGCCUAAGAAAGUUAAGCUGCUUCCAGUGAUGUCCACACCAAAGCAAAACAUCCUUGAAUCUUCACCUGUAACUCCAUCCUCAAAUGUACUACAAGCCGCAGAAACAGUAACCACAGGUGUGAAAAGGAAGGCUGAUACUACUACUGCAAUAAUCACUGCAAGCAAUGAAUCCUCUCCAGCCCCCAGUGAGCCCAAAAUUACAAAGAUCUCCUCUAGAGAAGAGGGCAAUGGGUCUCCAGCAAAGCAAGACUUGCCAGACUCCCAGCAACCUCCUGAGCCUAUCAAGAACGUAAGGCUAACAGCACAGCUGGAAUACUGUAACGAGAUCCUUCUAGAAAUGUUCUCACAGAAGCAUGUAGCGUACGCUUGGCCAUUUUAUAAGCCAGUAGAUGUUACUUCCUUGGGCCUUGAAGACUACCAUACAGUUAUUAAACAUCCAGUGGACCUUGGAAGCAUUAAGACAAAAAUGGAAAACCAUGAGUAUAAAGACACGCAAGAAUUUGCUGCUGAUAUUAGGCUAAUGUUUAUGAACUGCUACAGAUACAACUCUCCCGACUGUGAAGUAGUGGCAAUGGCAAGGAAACUUCAGGAUGUCUUUGAGAUGCAGUUUGCCAAAAUUCCAGAUGACCCCACUAGGCCCAGGCCUCUCUUGCACUUCAUGGCCAGAACAAGAGCAUCCAUCUCUACUGAAAGCAGCAGUGAUGACUCUCCUGAGGAUUCAGAAGAAGAAAGAGCAAGGCAACUGGCAGAGCUCCAGCAGCAGCUUAAGGCUGUUCAUCAGCAAUUGCAAGCUUUGGCUAGAACGACAUUACCCAAGCUGAAAAAGAGGAAGAAAGGAAAAUUGAAAGAGAAAAGGAAAAGCCAAGUCAAAGCCAAGUUGGGGAAUCAAAUGAAGAGAAAGAUGAAGAAAGGAAAAAAGAAAAUGUCUUUGAACAUCCAAUCAAAGAAUUUCAAGCAGCAAGAUGAGCCAGCAUACAAUUCUGAAGAUGAGGAUAAUGCCAAACCUAUGAAUUAUGAUGAAAAGAGGCAGUUAAGUUUGGACAUAAAUAAACUCCCAGGAGAGAAGCUUGGCAGAGUGGUCUACAUUAUACAGUCAAGGGAACCUUCACUUCAGCACUCUAAUCCUGAUGAAAUUGAGAUAGAUUUUGAAACAUUGAAAGCAUCUACUUUAAGGGAACUGGAGAAGUACGUAAUGGCUUGUUUAAGAAAGAGGCCCAAGAAACAUUCUGAAAAGAAGUCAAAGGAAGAACUUAAUUUAGAGAAGAAACAAGAACUGGAGAGGAGGCUCCUGGACGUCAAUGGGCAGCUGAACCAUAAGAAACAAGGGAGAGUGUGUAGUCCUAUAUUUUAAAUAAUUAUCAAUUGGUUUUUUCUACUAGCUGAAAAUAAUGCCAUACCAAACACUGUUGGAGUUCCAUCUCGGCUAAGCGAAAGCAGCAGCAACAGCACUAUAACCACCUCUUCUGACUCUGAUAGUAGCAGCAGUGAAUCCAGCUCCUCUGAUGAUGGCACCGAUUCUGAGUCUGAAAUGUACUUAAAGCAGAAUGGAAACAGGCAGAAGAAUUUAUCUCACAAAAAGCAGAUUAAGAUGCCACUGCUUCAUCAAAGGACAUCCUGCACUAUUGAUCCCCAAGCACAAAACAUUUUGCCUACCAGCACACAAUCGCCAAGAUCAACAGAAGCGACACUUCCCUAUCGGAUACUGCAGAACUCUCAACAUCCACAGCGCACCCCCCUGAAAUUGCCGGAACAAAGUGUCCUCUCUCCAACAGGAAUGGUGGCUGUUGUGUCCCCACUACACUGCACUCCAAUUCAUCAAGCCACUCAAAGUAGCUUGUUGGAAAUCCACCCACCCGUCAUCCAAACUCCUCACAUGCUUUCAAAGGUAUCUUGUUCCUCCUCCCCAACUCUCCUUCCAAGUGAUAGCGAUGGUAUCGGGCAAGCGUCAUCCCAACAGAAGCAAGUUGGUCUCCAAAAUGAAAUUGAUUGGGAAACUGCUGAAUCAAAAUCUGUUAAUCAAGAACAAAAAUUAAAGACUAGCUUUCCAGAUGGUCCGUGUGGGCAACAUAUGAUUGAUUCUACACAUGCCACUGUUCCAGCAAGCUGCUCCAAUAACUGUGAGGGUAAAGCAGAGCAAGUUGCUAAUCCUUCAGCAUCUCUUACAAAGGAGAUAAAAGUCAAGCAUGCUGAUUCCUGGACAAGUUUAGGGAAAAUGACACCUGCACCAGUCUCCAUCAAAUCCUCCAAUGACAGCUUUAGACAGUUCCAAAAAGCAGCCCUAGAAAAAGAAGAAAGUGAAUGGACAAAGGAACGCAAUAGGCAGUUGUUGGAACAAGCCAAGCAGAAGCUGAAGAAUCUCCCUCAGGAAAAAAAGAGAAACAACGGAGAAACAAAAUUGGAACCCACUACAGUAAAAGCAAACCAUUCAUCCCAAGGAGGAGAGGCAUCAUCAAAAGGACAGUUACAGUCCCAUCAAAAUCUUGUCAUUGACCGUAGCUUAGCAAGAAAAAUGGAACAAGAACGCAGGAGGCGAGAAGCCAUGGCAGGCAUCAUUGAUAUGAAUCUGCAGAGUGAUAUUAUGGCAACGUUUGAAGAAACUUUGCAGUGAGAAGAAUGGAAGAUGAUAAUAAAUUGGCUGCUGUUCCUUAAAAGGGGACACUGGAUUGCAAACAUACUUUCAGCCCACUGACCUCAAUGUUACAAAUACUUUGUGGUAGUAUUCCAUCUGAACACUUGUUAACCUUUUUGAAGAGCCAGUGUAUUACCGUUAUAAGAUUCUGUUUUAUAAAAUGUGUGAUGUUAAAAUCAUAAAAGCAUAUGUUAUGUAAUGUUGGUUCAUAACUGAUCCAUCAGUAAUGCUUUAUGGGCUAUGUUUUUGAGCUCAGUUGGUUUUGUGCUGCUAUUUUCACACAUUUUUAACCUGAUUCAGAUUUUUUUGAGGAGGUUUUGUUUUUUAAAUUCAGUGAGGGAAAACAAGCAUAAGGUUUGCGUUGGAAUAUUUAGGUUGGUAUUUAAAUGCCUCUGGGAUGUGAACAAAGACUCACAUAGUUGGAUUUUUGUAUUUAAAUAAUUGCUAAUAACCAUUGACACACUGAAGUCUCCUUUGAACAAUAUUUCAUUAUGCCUUUCUAUAUGCUAAUACUUUUAAGAAAAGUAUUUUCUGUUUAUUUUUCCUUUUGUUUUUGGCUAAAGCACUUAAGUUGAGGGUUUAUUUGAAAUGGGAGGCAAGCACAUUUUUUUUCAAAUUGUUUAGAACUAGAAUUUGGGAUUCCUACCUGCCUACCAUUUGGAAAAAAUCUGAUAGCUGUGAUUGUCGUUUUAUAGUAAAUAUUGUAAAUAUGUAACUGCUUUCCUUUUCCAAGCAUGUCGUU